UCUGUCAUUCAGUGGUGCGAUAAUCCGACUGGAAACCACAUCUAUUUUUACCUCCUCUCCUUCGCUCAGCUGCGUUUCCUCUCACAGUGUUUUUGUGGCUCCGCAGUCGCAGCAGGGAAACGUCCUGAUCCCCAUAAACGUGUCUCAGGAGAUUCGACUGUCAACUUUUAAAGAACAGGAAACUCCCAACAACCAGCAACUGAACUACAGCUGUUGGUCCGGAGUAAAUCUGGCUGGAGGGGUUCACAGUGGGAACCAGGCACUUCCCAACACAAACUGGUUCAGCUUUAGUUCAGGAACUGUUUGGGAGAACUUUGCAUGUUCGCUGUGAAGCCAAUGAGAAGUGAGAGAAUAAUACAAUGAGAACAAAGGAAAUAAGAGAACAAGAAUAAGCUGGGAAAACUGGAGGAAGAGUGGUUUGAUGAGGAAAAUACUGUUGGAACUAUGAGAAAAUGUGUUCAUGUCUACCCAGAGAAGAUCACUUUAAAAAUUAAAAGUAAGGGACGAGCUUUAAGUGAUCCCGCAAGAAGAGAGUAGGACGGAAGGAAGGAAAGGAAAUUCCUCAACUUGUAACGGGAUCCUGGAUUCAGACUUUUCUUCAUGAUGACCGGAGAGACUGAAGAGACCUGUGGAGGACAAAAGAAGGCAGGAAGGAGAGUUGGAGGAGGAGAAGGGAACAUGACGCCCUCUCUGUCUUUCACCACUCUUAGCACCAUCGCCAUCCAGGCCGGCCAAUCACUGAUCGUCGUCUCUGUCCUCAAGAGUGGGUCUCUGGUCCACCUCCAGCUGGUCCAGGUCCAUCCAGGCCUCUGUGAGAUUGGAUCGAACCAGGAAGAAAACCAGACACUGAUUCAGGACCAGCAGCAGCUGAUGGAGAAACUCAAGAAACACGAGAGUGAAGUUCUGUCUGUGGUGGACAAGCGCCGACGGAGGAGGGAUGAAGGGAUGAUGGAGCAGAAGAGGAACAACAAACAGGAGGAAGAGGAGGAAGUGUACAAGGCCAUGGUGGCGUCUCUAAAGGAGGGAUGGUGGUUGCUCCUCCGUCUGCUCGAGAGACGGCAGGAAGUCCUGACGCUGGCUGCAGACUUUUACCGCCGAGCACUGGAGUUUGCUGUCAGUAUCGACAGAGUUGAGGAUCUACAGAUCAGACCGGACAACGACAGACUGACUGAAGUGCAGCUCACAUAUGACUCCAUGAGGAGAGAUCUUCUGGGAAAAUCGCUGCAGGUUUUAACCAGCAGCAGCGUUCUGAUGCAGAAACUCAGACAGCUGCAGAGGACCGAGGCCCUCCAGAGGAGAGGAGGAGUACUGCAGGACGAGGAGGAGGAGGAGGAGGAGGAGAGUUCCCAGAGUUCCCAGAGUUCCCAGAGUUCCCGGUGCAGCAGGGGGAUGGCGUUAAGGCUGGAGGAGCUGGUGGAGACGCUGCAGGAUCGGAGGAGGAGGGCGGAUCAGGCUGUCAGGCUGCAGCUCCAACGGGCGGAGAGGGGCAUCGUGAUCCACAAGAAAGAGUCCAGAGAGACCGGGUCUGAAGCUGAACGCCUCCGUCUGUCUGAACGGAGCAGGAAACAGGAAGAGACCAAGCAGCACGGAGCUGCUGCUGCACCGACCACCAGCGGGCAGGCGGCAGGGCCGGAGAGCAUGCUGGGUAAGGACGCUCGAAGUGGAGGAGACCACGCCCACCAAGCCCUGCCGACCAAUAAGAGACAACAGCUGCUGUCGUCAUGUGAACACCUCGUGGACAAGAUCUGGCGCUGGGUGCAACAGGGCGGCAGUGUGUUGUCUAACCGCUCCGAAGCGGGACGGCAGCUCUUUGAGGCCGAAGACACUCUGAACACACACCUGCAGCUGCACACACAGGCUGAGUCUGCAGGUCACGAUUCAGAGAACCUGAAGCAGAUCCUGGACCAGAUCAGAGCUCUGCACACAGAUUCGACCAGCACAACCGCUCCCCAGCCCCCCACUGAACCCGGCAGACAGCUGUCCCCUCUGAAGGCCCUGACAGAGCAGCUGAAGAGAGGCAGCACGGGCAGACAGACCAGAACCAGCGCCACUCGCAGUCCGCCUGCUGCUGACCCAACUGGUUUAUUGAGUCCUGAACUCGCCGGUCGAGUUGAUCUGGUGUUGAGGGAGCUGCAGAGUCUGAACAGGAAGAUCGACUCAAACCUGCAGCUGCUGCAACCCUAUGUCACUUUCCUCAGGACGGCACAGCAGGUGGAGGAGGAGCUGGAAGAACUGAAGGAGAUCUACAGAAAGAGACCAGAGGAAAAGGAGGAGGAGGAGGAGGAGAGGGAAGCUGGUAGUAGUAACAUCAGGACAACCACCAGUUCCAGGUCACCCCCACUACAGAGGUUCCUCGCUGUUCAGGAACUGGGAAACAACUUCGUCCAUGCUGUUACCAUGGUGUCGGGAGCAGGCUUAAACCUGCAAUCUGUGGUGUCGGUGGUGCGGCAGACGGUGGAGCGACUCAGCAGAACCAAAGAGGAAGUGAACGAGCUGCUGAGUCACCAGAAAAUCCAGAUCCAGCAGCAGCAGGAGUACUGUAGGAAAUACCGGGAGAGACUGCUCAAGACCCUGCAGGACUUGAACUGUGUCUCUGAGCUGCUGGACUCCUGCACUCUGAUGGAUCUGGGUUCAGACCUGCAGACUUCCAGGCUGCUGGAGCGCUUCAGCCAGGCCAGACCACAUUUUAUCCAACUAGACGCUGAGGUGGAGUACAUGGAGAAGAGCUGGGAGACUCUGAGACGAGUCCAGGACAGGCUGGAGGUGAAGGAGUUGAAGGGAAGAGCGGCGAAGGAGGAGGAUUUGUCAGAGCUGCUGAAGCUCCGGGAGAAAGUGAAGAACAAGAUCCAUCAGAGCGAGUCAAUCCUGGACCUGACCAGCAGCUUCCACCUCACAUCCAAACAGCUGGAGGCGCUGCUGCAGUCGGACCUUGCGAGCCCUUUGACUGAUUCAGCCGGUUUAUGUGGAUCCAGUGAGGCUGAUCUGAGUCGACACAGAGAGGAACAGCAGCAGAUCCAGAGUCUGUUUGAAACGGCUUCAACACUGAAGACAGACAUCUGUACCGCCAUCAACCACAGUGGUUGGACAUGUUUCAGAGUGGAGCAGCUGGAGGCUCGUCUUCUUUCUCUGGACUCUCUCUGUGUCUCGUGGCUGAACGAAGCGGCUCGACGUGAGGAGAAACUCCGCAGAGAGCUGCUGGCCCGUCUGCUCAUCGAUGACAUCAACCAGCUUCGUGACUCGUUUAAGGAGCUGAAGAAGCGCUUCAGCAACCUGAAGUUUAACUACGUGAAGAGAAACGACAGGACCAGGAACAUGAAGGCCGUCAGGAACCAGCUGCAGCAGGUGGAGCUGUACGAGGAGAAGCUGCAGGCGCUCAGGAAACGUCUGCAGGCUGUGACGGCCCGGCUGGGGUCGGAGGUCAAAGACGGGCGCGUGGCCCGGGAGGCGGAGGACGCCGUCAACGAGCUGCAGAGACAGAUGGGAGAGUUUGGGCGAAGUUUCGGCGAACACCAAAAAACACUGGAGAUGACCUGCAGACUGCAGCAAGCCAUGGAGGAGUAUCAGUUCUGGUGCGAGGAGGCGAGUUCGACCAUCGCUCGCGUCGGGAAGUUUUCCUCAGAGUGUCGCAGCACAGAAGCCGCCUCUGUUCUCUACCGGCAGUUUGAGAAGUUCGUCUGGCCGACGGUUCCUCAGCAGGAGGAGAGGAUCAGUCAGAUCACGGAGCUGGCUGUCCGGCUGCACGGGGUGGAGGAGGGGCGGAGGUACAUAGAGAAGACGGUGAGUAAACACUCAGAGAUGGUGGAGUCCAUCAGACAGCUGAGUGACGGACUGAUGGAGCUGGAGGCCAAACUGAAGCUGGAGAGUCUCAAACAGCAGCAGAGCGAUGGAGAGAAAGUGAUAAAGACAGAAGAGACAGACGAAGAGACAGAGACGAAGCUGAAGGAAAACAGAAAGGUGAAAACGAAGGAGCAGACAGAUAACCGCAGCACACAGGAGGCUGACAUGUACGAGCUGAAGGAGACAGGCCACACCCCCGAACUGAACGCCGAGCAUGAUGGGAAGGAGGUUCCGGUGAAGCAGACUGCAGCCAAUAGGAAGCCUCCAUUACGGAAGAGCCGCAGUCAGGAAGCAGACAGACAGACGGACAGACAGACCGUCACCUCAGAGAGCAGUCACAGGCAGCAGUUACUCAGCGAGAGGUUCACCUCCUCCUACUGCUCCACCCACACCUUCAGCCUCUCCUGCUCCCCGGUGGAGGCCAACCGACGGGUCCACACCAUCCACAGCCAAUUACAGCCUUUCGCCAUAGAGUCUCAGGCCACGCCCCCUCCCUCUGUGAUUGGCCCAUCGUUCUCUGACAUCCAGAGAGAGUUUCAGAGGAAGGAGACGCAAGAAACGGGACAGCAGGCGGUCUCCGCUUCCUGUGGAUCAAACAUGGCACCACUUCAGGAUGCAUCACAAGGAGGGCUUUUGGAGGCGGAGCUCCAGCAACCGGAAGUGAUGACUGAGGAUUCUCUCUCCAAUGAUGAAUACGAGUGUGCGUCACCUGACGACAUUUCCCUGCCGCCACUAGCAGAGACACCAGAGUCCUACAUGGUUCAAUCAGAUGUUGAGGAGGGCUUCUGUUUCAGUUCCCACAGUGUCCACGUCAACCAGUACAGCCACCAGUACCGUGCCCAGUCAGAGCACAGUGGGACUGGUACUGCUACUGGUGCAGUCCGACAACAGAGAGAGUCCAGCCAGAGUUGUCCAACUCCUCCCACCAGCUUUCACAACAGCACCAGGUUCAGAUCAGGGUCCAGUUCGUUUGUCCAGAGUCCGUUGACGGUUCCUGCUCCAAGCUUGCUCAGCAGCACUCUGUGCAGCAUCCUGAGGACUGGAGAGAGCGGCACAGCCAACGUCCCGACGAGUGCUGACCAUUUCCUGGGCGGCCUUGAACCGAGCUUCCCCUCUGGAUCUAACCUAGUCCACAAGAUCAACACUCAAGACAGUUGUUCCAACAAGGACAACGAUGUCCCUGAGCAGAGUAGCCCCUCACAAACUAAGCCCUUAUUAAAGGAGCACAACAGUCAGUAUAAGAUGAGUACAGAUACCCAGGGUAAGAUCAUCCAAAAUGUUGCAUCCAAAGGUGAGACCUUGCCAGAGACUGAUCCCAUUCCCCAGGCUGUAGAGCUCAAUCACAGCCCCACCCUCCCCCAGUCCAGCUAUUGUCCUCAGUCCUUUAAAGGCCCAGGCCCUGAUCCCCACAAGGACAAGACCCCUCCACAAGACACCAGGUUUCUCAAAUGCAGCACUACUCUUCCCCAAACCAGAACUGCCAUUUGGCAAGACAACAGUUUCCUACAGUCCUUCCCUUACUCAGAGAGUGGCAUAAAUUCCCCCCAAACUAGUAAGGAAACAUUCCCAGUCACCAAACUUCAAAGGGACAGUCUCACCAACACCAGCACCAGUACAAUUAGCCAGCAGACCAUCUACUUUCAGUCCUCACCUUCAGACAGUCAUUGCACCAGCCUCAGUUCACCCCAAGAAUGCUCCGUAUCCCAGAGUGAGACCUUGCCACAGAUAGAUCCAGUCCCCCAGGCCAGAGGGUUUGUUCAGAGCCCCAGCCUCACAGACUCUGUUUUCCACAAAGACAGAACCCGAGACACUGGGCUCCUCAAAUCCUGUGCAACUUGCCCGCAAACCAGCACAAGCAUCCCUCAAGACAGCAAUCUUCCACAGUCUUACCUGGAUUCCAGCAAAGGCCUUGAUCAGGAUUUACUUUCCUCCCGAACCAGCAAGGAAACAUCCACAGUCUCCAUGCCCCAAAGCAGCAGCCUUACCACAACCACCACUGUCACCCAACAAACCGUUUACUGUCAGUCCUUCCCUCCAAACAGUCAUUGCAAUGUGCCACAGGCUAGCAGCAAUCUCAGGUCACAGCAAGAAAGCCCUUUCUCCCAGGGUAGUGGAGGUCUACCUGAGGUCCAUGCACCCAUUCUUCCAGAGCCAGACAGCAUCAGCAACAUCAGCACAUCCAGCAGUACAUCCAGCAGUACCAUCACCAGCAAUAAUAGAUUCAGCAGCAAGCAGAGCCACCAGACAGUCUACUCCCUCCAAAAGUCCUUGACUUCCACUUGUACCCAGCAGUGUGUGCAUGACCCUGGCAUGACCCCCUGCAGCCCUGCCAAGCCCACUGCUCCUCUUCAGCCUGAAGCACAGACCCAAGCUUUGGCUCAGCAGGCUAAUCUGCAUGUCACCCCCCUUUCCUCUCCAUCUCAUCUACUAACUCCAGACCAAGACCCAAACAUUUGUCAGCCCAUGGCCAUUCGUGAGGAGAUCAGGCUUACUCCUCAGAUCCAAGGCCCUGCCUUUCCUGCUCCUCCUCCUCUUGCCCAGGCCCAGGCAGAGUCUCUUCCCCAGGGAAAAGCCUCUAAACCUGAACCUCCCUGCUUCACCAGGCCCCUGUCUAGAGCUACCGUCAUGGAGGGCUCUCCAGUGACGCUAGAGGUGGAGGUGACGGGACACCCAGAGCCCGCGCUCACCUGGUUUAAAGAUGGAGAGGUGUCAGCCACCGGCCCGGGCCGAGCACCGGCCUGCGAGGACGAGAAACACUUCCUGUUUAUCCCAGACGCGUCGGACUCAGAUGGCGGCUUAUACGAGGCCCGGGCUGCCAACCAUCAUGGCCCGCGGCGGGCAGCUGGUAACAGCAGCAGCAGCAGUGACAAGUGGCUGGUGGCCGAAGUGUUUGAUAUCAUCAGUGUGGACUGGCAGACCUGGUUUGGUACACUGUGUGUUCUGCUGUGGCUGCUCUACCUGAUAGUGCUCUAAUAACUCUUUCCCCCUACGGGAACUUAACGACCUGCAGCUUUCAUUACCUGAACUUAUAAGAACCUGUAAGCCUUUGGUUCUGGGUUUUGCCUUGUGUUUCCACCGUGGAUAUACGUCAUAAAAAAUGCCAUUAAAAAGUCUAAAUUUGGACCAAUCUCAAAAUUAAGACUAAAUAUCUCAUAGUUUUGACUUUCUAAGUAAGUUAUACUAAAUAAUAAUUAAAUUCUAUUAAAAUUUUGCCUUUUUCUUCUUGGCAGAAAUGGGCUUCCAUACUGUUUCCUCUCAAUGGGACGAUGCUUUCAUUCUGAAAAUCUCCUCUCAGACUCGCAUUAGAAGAAUUGUCUCCUCAGAGCUGAACUUGUGUGAAAACUUUGUAUUUGUAGAGAGAAGUUGGAGGUUUUCUCAUUCACUUCAAUACAGUUAAGUUUUAUCACAGCAGCAUCUAGUGGACGAUAGAGGAUCAGCAGCUGAACACUCUGACUCAAUCACAACGAUCAUUUAUUCGAUUAAUACUGUCUACAUAUCUGAAUAGAGCACUGAUGAUGAAUCCUAAUAAUAACCGGCAUUGAUCAUAGCUGGUGUUAAUAAAGAUUUUUCUCUCUGCUCUCAGAAUCUCACCUCACCUGAAAAACAAUGUAAUCUGGUUUCAAAUAUGUAGAACAGACUUAUGUAAAGCCACUACGUCCUGACUUCAGUCGAAUAUAACUGUUGAAUAAAGUCAUCUUGAAUGUG